UUCUACGCCUCCUCGAAAAUUGUUGUCACACACGUUAUAUUAUUUCACAUUUCUUCAAUUGGAAAAGAAAAACGUCGUUUCUUCCCUGUUUUUUGUCUUCUACUGAUAAUUUAAAACAUUGCUGUUAAAAUUUAAGAAGAAACUGCCUUCCUAGGAAGAGAAUUACGUUCGAGAAUAGAUGGAAGGAUUGAAGGAAGAAGAGGCCUCGACCUCAUCUCCGCCGCCGGGGUCUCCGUCAGCACCAGCAGUUGUCCAGAUGGUUGCGAAGGACGAGCCAGAGCUGGAGGGAGACCGAGACGGUGCAAAGACACCCGAAAUGAAGGUGGAAGCGCCCGAGGUCAGGCUGAACCCUGAAUUGGCCGAAUUCGAGGUACCUGAGAAUAUUGUGGACCAGAUUGGCGAAUUGCCUCAGGUGCAAGAGUACAUCGUCGACCUGCACCGAACCAUCAGGUCGUUCAAAACUGCCACAGCUGCACUGCAACAGUUACAUUCCGGAGGAAGCUCUAGCAAUGGAAAAGGAGUUCUAAUGCCUAAGAAGAAAAAGAAAAUUGAGCUCGUAAGCACAACUACUGAUGAGUCAUGGGUUCCGGGAAUGUCGAUUGCUGACCAAGUGAAAGAAAUCGCCGAGAGUGCUGUGCAAGAGACUGGUUUUGUUUACCAAGAGAGUCUGGGCCUGUAUUAUGACAGCAGCACUGGUUAUUAUUAUGACCAGAACACAGGGCUCUAUUAUGACGGCGUCAACAAGACUUACUACACUUGCGAUGACAGCACUGGCGUGUUUUCGGUUUAUCACCAACAGCAGGAGAAGGACCCCGAGGAGGAAAGACGGGAGCACUGGGAACAAGAAUUGGAGCGAAAAAAGCGGGAGCUGCUGACUCAAGUUAAAAAGCGGAAUGCUAAGAGAAAGAAGGAGCAAAAAAUUGAAGAAGAGGAGGGUGAAUGUUCCUCUGACUCGGAGGUAGAGUCUUACGACUACUACAAGAGGAAAAAACCCACCAAAGAAAAAGUACAACAAGCGCAUCACAAACUGCCGUCAGCUGACGAAAUUGAUCCAUGCAUGAGGAUAAUCGUUCAAAAGACCGACGUAGCAAAACUAAAGCUUGGAUCCUUGUUCAUUGUGACCUGCACAGGCGGCACCCUUGGUCGCGAGGGAAGUCAUCACUGCAUCACUGUGCCAGAUUUGAAUGUCAGCAAAUCACAUUGCAAUUUUUCCUAUGACGACUGUGGCUACUGGAUCACCGAUUCUGGAAGCACUAAUGGCACUUGGUUGGACAAGAAGAAACUCAAAGUCCAUGUUCCGAAGCAGGUUAUGCACGGCAGUAUCCUGCGAGUGGCCAAUACCAUCCUCCUGUGCCACAUUCACCCUGGUCAAGAAACGUGUGGCCACUGCGAACCAGGCUUGGUGCAACAGCCAGAAGCUGCCGCAACCGCUGCCAUUCCUGCUGACAAAUCCAAGGACUACAAGGGAGAGCUGCUGCGAUUGAAGAGGAAGUUCGCCCUUUCAGGGGUGGGCGAGACUGAAGCAUCGCUGGCGCCAGGCUACGUGGAUCGAGCAGACCGCAGGAGGGUCACUGUCGGCUCCCAGCAUCACGGAGAGAAGACGGAGGCUGCGUCUGUGCAGGCGGCUGUGCCCCAGACCAACAAGGGUUUCAAGAUGCUUGAAAAGAUGGGCUGGAAAACUGGGGAGUCACUUGGCAAGGAUGGAACAACCGGAAUCACAGAACCAAUUUUGGUAGACAAACGAGCAGACAAAACUGGUCUUGGUUUGGAAUCCAUUCCUCUUCCCCCAGAGAUGGACCGGAAAGACAAGCGACGCCAAGAGGCGUGGAACAAGGCCAGAGAUAGAUUUUUGAACAUCCCUGAGCCACCGUCAUAAAAUAUUGUUUCUCCAGAUCUCCUGCCUUUGUCAAUUCCUCUCAAACAAAUAAAAUAAAUAUUUGUUCCGUUAAAUAUUCAAA